AUGUCACUGGUAAGAGACCCAACCGGUGCUGAAAUCGCAAGAUUUCUUGCAACCCGGACUGGUGCUCAGAUGGUUCAAUUGAUGCGCUGCAUCAAAGAGCCAGCUGCGCAAGCUGCAUUCACGGCUAAGCUAUUACUCGCACCUCCAGCUGUGAGCGGGCGGCCUCCCACUCCAGAGAAAGCGAGGAAAGCCCUUAACGCCUUUGUCGGAUUUCGCUGCUACUACAUCACAAUCCCUAUCUUCAAGCAAUGGCCUAUGAAGAAACUUUCGAACCUCAUUGGCCUUCUAUGGGAGGCGGAUCCGAACAAGUCACUUUGGUCUUUGAUGACGAAGGCCUGGUCCACUAUCCGUGAUCAGAUUGGCAAAGAUCAAGCUCCGCUUGACCACUUCUUCAGCCUCAUCUGUCCUUACCUCAACUUGCCUGAUCCCGCCUCAUAUCUGGAGAUCCACGGAUGGACUCUCAGUGUCGACGAAGAGGGCGAUCCAACGAUCUCUCGAAACAUCGGUUCCGAAUCCGCAUUUGCUGGUACGGUACAAGUCGAUGUAGCACUCUCCGUCGAGGACAUUAUCACAUACGUUCAGUCCAUGGGAUACGCUACGAAGUUCAUUCCUAACACCAAUGCCACCUCACAAACCUUCCUUGGACAGUCGCUCAGCUCGUCCUUGGAGAAGAAUAUCCCCGCUACCGCAGCGACACAAGAUUCUUCGAAGGCAGUUGAGGCUCGCUUACUUGCACGUAACAAGCGCCGAGCGAAGCGACAGGCAGCUAGAGACACAGGCAACAGGGCAAGUCUCGACCAAGACAUUGCUAAUGCGCACAAGAUUGGCCCUUCUCGUGUAGACAAGUACAUGCCUGAGAGCUACUCAACCACUACCCCCGUUCCUAACUACGAGCAUAAUCCAUUCUACGAUGGGCUCACUGGCCUUUUGUCAGACCAAGUACCCCACAGCCAGAACGAUGCGUAUAUGCUCGACAAUACACAUCUGUUCAAUGAUUCUGGUCUCUCUAACGACAUCUCAAACAUCAUGAUGGACGGAUUCUCCACGAACAUGCCUGAUUUGAUCGACUAUGAGGCCUUUCGUUUCGGCGCUAACGAGGAUGUCACACUUCCGACAUUCAACGAUGCCGACCAGGCCUAA